AUGCCUCCCGUUGACGCCCUCAUCAUCGGCGCAGGUCCUGCCGGCCUGUCUGCAGCUCUUGCCCUUGCCCGCCAGCUGCACACUGCGGUCGUCUUUCACAGCUCGCUCUUCUGCCACGGUUAUGAAGAUGUUGGAAAGCCCUCUGCUGGAAUCCUUGCCCUCGGCGAGAUCCCCCCCCGGCAGCAGCCACAGCCCUCACACGCAACCUCCUCGGCGAAAAACGAUACCACCAUCACAACAGACGACCGGGAGAUCGCUUCUCUUGCUCUUAGUUCUGAAGGUAGCGGAAUCAUUAUUACCUUUGCAGAUAGAAGCUCGGUUUAG